CUACCGGGACCCUCCCCCCACCCCAAUUUCAAACCCCCGGGGGGCGGCUUGUCCCUGGCCCAGGCUUGGGCGAGGAGCUUGCGGAGACCUUUUGCGGGCUGUGAGAAUAGUGAGAGCUGCUUUCCGAGCCAAGGUGCAGGCUGGAGGCGGCGGCAGCAGCAGGAGGAGGAGGAUGCGAGCCGAGGGCGGCCGAGCCGCGGAGCAGCAGCUACCUGUGUGGGCCGGGCCGGGACCUGCCGGGGACAUCGCCAUGUGAAGGGGCAGAGCCGGGCCGAUUUCUCCACCCCGUCUCGCUCCAUGGGAGAUCUUAUUGGCUUUACACAGACAAUGGUCCCAAAGAUUGUAUGAUAGUUCCUGGUGGCCAAAAGAGGAGAUACCUUGAGGUCUGCACAGAAGAGGAACGAGAAGGAAGGGGCAAGAGCUUUCCAGUGCCCCUUUGGCAGAAGGACCGAGCUGGAAGCCACCCUAAGACACCUGGAGCAAGGGAGGAAGAGGAGCAGUGCCAGCAUGGAUAAGGACAGCACAAACCUGGCUGACCAGCAGUAUGAAUGUGUGGCUGAGAUUGGGGAAGGAGCCUACGGGAAGGUGUUCAAGGCUCGAGACUUAAAGAACGGCGGUCGCUUUGUUGCGCUGAAGCGAGUACGGGUGCAGACCAGCGAGGAGGGGAUGCCGCUGUCCACCAUCAGAGAGGUGGCAGUCCUGAGGCACCUGGAAACGUUCGAACACCCCAAUGUGGUCAGAUUGUUUGAUGUGUGCACUGUGUCACGAACAGACAGAGAGACCAAGUUAACGUUAGUGUUUGAACACGUGGAUCAAGAUUUGACUACUUACUUGGAUAAAGUUCCAGAGCCUGGAGUGCCUACUGAAACGAUAAAGGACAUGAUGCUUCAGCUGUUUCGGGGCCUGGAUUUUCUGCAUUCACAUCGUGUGGUGCAUCGGGACCUGAAGCCCCAGAACAUCCUCGUCACCAGCAGCGGGCAGAUAAAGUUGGCUGACUUUGGCCUUGCACGAAUCUACAGUUUUCAGAUGGCUCUUACCUCAGUGGUUGUUACUUUGUGGUAUAGAGCUCCUGAAGUUCUACUGCAGUCCAGCUAUGCAACACCAGUUGAUCUUUGGAGUGUUGGCUGCAUCUUUGCAGAGAUGUUCCGUCGAAAACCACUCUUCCGUGGAAAUUCAGAUGUUGAUCAGCUAGGAAAAAUCUUUGAUGUAAUUGGACUCCCAGAGGAAGAGGACUGGCCUAAUGAUGUUGCUCUUCCAAGAAAUGCUUUUGCUUCCAGACCUGCACAACCUAUUGAAAAAUUUAUACCCGAUAUUGAUGAACUGGGCAAAGACCUGCUUCUUAAAUGCUUAGCGUUUAAUCCAGCCAAGAGAAUAUCUGCCUAUGUUGCCCUCUCUCACCCCUAUUUCCAUGACCUGGAGAAAUGCAAGGAGAAUCUGGACUCUCACAUGUCAUCCAGCCAAAACUCCAGUGAGGUGAACACAUCCUAAUGCUGACUGAAGAUGAAGCAUGCAUGACCAAGACGUGUAGCUGACAAGACCACUGUCCCGUACAAACCACAUCAUUCUUCUAGCGAAGACCCUUAUUUGGAGGUUUUAUGCACUUAGCUUUUCUUUUGGGUUUGUGAUGUGCUUAUCCAAGGAAAUCAAUCUAGUUUACUUUCAUCAGAGCAACACAAAGGCCAGGGCUUUGACCUACUCUCAUUGCAGCUUCAUGUUGGGUUUGUUUUGUUUAUCUACCUGGGAAUGCUCCAGAUGAAGAGAAGCUGCUGUCCGUUGUUUUUGCUGCCAUUUUAUCCUUCUCGUAUUGAACGCUGCCUGUGUGGAGUAGGAUGAGCGAGUCCCUGCCAAAACAUGAUGCAAUCUCUCUCUCUCUCUCUAGCUGCUGAAGCAUGAUUUGGUACUUUUUAAAUUAUUAUGAUGUGAUCUCUUACAGUGAUAUUUAAACAAUGGCAUUGAAACAUCAGGUCUCUGCAACCUGCAGCUGACUGAGGCACACAUUAAUGCAUCCAGCUACAGUUCACUCGUAGCCUAUUCGCAGCUGCUUCCCCACUUGAAAACUUGGAUGGAUUCUUUUAUCAUUUCAUUGCUCUAUAAAAAUGACAGUGAUGAUGGUGAUCAUAAUAAAUGUCUCAACUUUUUGGUUGUUUCAGGCACAAACAAGUUAUGACCUAGCUACAUUUGUGUGCAUGUUGAAAAACAAAAAACAAAACCAAAACAAAA